AUGGCAUGGGUGAAAAAGCAGGACAAUUAUUCCUAUUUUAUUGUUGAAGUUCAUCGAUUCAAGAAUUUUCGCAAUGGCUUUGAUGUUAAAUUUAUUAAUAAACAAUGUCAUGUUACAAAGGUCGAAAGCAAUAGCCGUGGAGGGCAUGCUUUCUUGAAAGGCGACCGACUGUUGGAUGUUGACUCUAUACCAAUAACAGCCUCAACCGACCUGAAGUUCGUUCGAAGGACGUUCAAUAAAGUAAUGGCUAAGGAGAAGAAAUGCACCUUUCUUGUCGAAAGGGUUAACUCCUUACGAAGCAGUCCAAAUCCAAGUUGUUUUGCGUUAACGAGGGAGGAUUUUGAAACUGAAAUGGGCGAUGAUGCAACGGAAAUCGGAUGUCGAGAAGCUAUGCGUCAUCUACUCCUUCACAAGAAAUACCGCCCAGUCUCCGUUCUACAAGGUCCUAGUUCGAAAACGAUCGAAACAGCAUGUGAGGACGAAGAAGGAAGACGUGACACCAAAGAGUGGAAUAAUAAAGUUUGUACGGAGCGUCAUUUCUCGUUGAAGAAUCACACCCAUUGA